AUGGAUAAAACAGAAGGAUUAGUGCUAAAAGGUGAAAAACGUGUAUUAGCUAAGUUGGAUCAACGUGUACGUGAUCUUGAAUUAGACUCAACGGAAGAAUCUCGACGUCACACAGAAACGCUCAAAAAUUACCAAAAUAAAGAACGGAAAGUGCGCGAGUUGGAACUUCAAGUUGACGAAGCAAAAAAUUCAAACGAACGAAUGCAUUAUCUUGCAAAAAACUUGCAAGCAAAAAUUAAAACUUAUAAGAAGCAAUGGGAUGAAUUACAUAUUCUUGAGGAUGUCGAAGAACGUGUUGAUAUUGCUGAAAAUGCUUUAGCUAAAAUUCGGGCUAAAAAUAGAAUUGCCUUGCAAUCUAAUGCUUCUAUUACCAAUUCACGUUUCAGCAGCUUUGUAUAA